AUGUGGGGCCAGGCCUCGUCUGUAAUGCAAUGCCAGUCAUACGCGCUCCCGGAGCGUCAAUGGAUUGCGCCCGCUGGGCCCGCGGCGGCGGCGACUCCGCGUCCCCGCUCGUGGGGCGGCGCCGUCCUAGCCCAGGAGAGCCCCGCGAUCAGCUACAGCGCUGGGACCAGCGCGUGCGAGAAGGCCGCGCAGUGGCAGAGUGCCCUCGCGCUGCUGAGCGAGAUGCGGGAGGCGAAGUUGGAGCCCGACGUCCUCAUCUACAGCGUUAGGAUCAGCGCAUGCGAGAAGGGCGAGCAGUGGCAGCAGGCCCUGGCGCUGCUGAGCGAAGAGUGGUAA